AUGAGGGAGCGCGUUGCCAGGCAGGAGGCCCACAUCCUCAAGAGGGUCGGGAACCUUGAGCACUGCUGCAGGUUCGUCGAGUCGAUGUCCUCUGGGCGCUUCCACUACAUCGUGCUGGAAAGGUGCAGCAUGCCGCUCGGAGCGGCGCUGGAUGGCGCGCCCGAGCUCACGGAGCUCGGCCUUGCGGGGCUCGUGCGCCAGAUGUUCGCGGCCGCGGCCUGCGUGCACUCGGUCGAUGUGGUGCACAGAGAUUCGGUGCCUGACAACUUCCUCUGCUCGGGGCCAGAGAUGACGGUGAAGCUCUGUGAUUUCGGGCUGGCCGAGGUGGUCCGCGCGGGCAGCCCCGGCGUGGCCGGGCAGUUCGGGACGCCGCCCUUUAUGUCACCUGAGAUUUUCCGUGACAACGUGGCUGGAACGCCCACGGACGUCUGGUCGCUAGGCGUGAGUUUGUACACCCUCGUCGUCGGCCAGUUCCCCUACGUCGUGCACAAGCCGUGCAAGGCGCUCAUGAAGGCCGCGGUCGUCUCCGGGGUCCCCGAGCCGAGUUUCCAGUGCGUGGCCCAGGGUGUCAAGCUGUCCGAACAGUUGCUGGGCCUCCUAAGAGACCUGCUUCGCCGGGACCCCGCAGAGAGGCCCACCGCUGCCGAGGCGCUUGAGCACCGCUGGUUCAGCAUGGAGUCGAAGGUGGAGGAGCAGCGCCCACUGCACUCCUUGAAGGAUGCCGUGAAGUCCGCCAAACAGGUGGGCGCCUUCUCCGUGCCAAGUGUUGCAAGCAGGUCUCGCCAGCGGGCCCCCGACUCCAUGGACCUGGCGCUGCAGGAGCUGCAGAGGAGGCACCGUCCGCAGGGCCAGGCAGGCCUCGACGACGAGGACCGCAGGAGCUGCUCCAGGGACAGGGCCUCGGCCGUCUGCAGGUCGCCGUCCGGGAACUCCUCGGCGACCACGCGAGCAAGCAGCAGGGCCGGGUCGUCCAACUCGGCCGUCCGCAGUUCGCCUUCCGACGGCUCGUCAUCGACCACCCGCAGCAGGGCUCGAGAAUCGACCUCGAAAGUCCGCAGUCCGCCCUCCAGGGGAAUCGUCACCGACUACUACCUCUAG